CUCAGCAUCGCGAAGCGGGUCCUUUGGCAUAGCUUCUGAGUUUGGAACUUCUUGUUCCCGGAUACGGCACCCGCAAUCAUCACCAUGAGUGUCUCGUUCACACCGGAUGCAUCAGGUACGCCGCUGGCCCCGGACGCCAUAACUUCACUGGCCAUGCACACCCACUUUGCGGAAUUGGCGUCUCUGAGGAGGAACCCGAUCGUCGGUGACCACCACGGCUCGGUAUUGGCGGUUGUGACCUUUCCUAAGGCCAGCGAUUCCGCUCGCGCGUGCGACGGGGGUUUGUGGCAGGACGUCCAAAUCCGCAUGAGCUACGACAAGCUCAUAAAGUUAGGCUCGAAGAAAAUCGAGGGCAUGUUCAGCCCCAGGGCCCAGGCACGCUUCCGUAGGCGACUCGGCUUCGAGCAGCACCUGCCCGCCGGAGUCGACUAUGUCCUCGAUUUCACGCCCCCCUCGGAAGGCCCCGAACUGGCCGGCCUCACGGCAGCGCUCUGGCUGCCCAGCUUGGUGAAGAUCUGGUUUCUGGCGGGGCAGUACGAGCCUGACUUGACUGUUGAGGCCGGCUGGAUCCUAGGCGCGGGACGCCCCUUGGCUGAUAAGCCAGUGGGUGCGAUGUUGGUCCUCGGCCACGACGAUGUCUGCAAGCGUGGUUCAUGCUACAUUGAUGUCUCGGAGUGGCAGACAAAGCCUGAGCUACACGGCAUCGUCGACGACAGCCACAUACCUCCCUGGCGCAAAGUCGAGGAUUACUGCCCAGUCCGGCAUCGUGUUGCCAUUGUCAGAGUUCUCAAGGCUAUCAACGGCGACACACUUGUCCUGAAUUCGGCUGUGCGUAUAUGGACGGUCGCCCAAGUUGCCAUAUCCCUCGAGGUGCCGCAGGUGGUUCGCGAUCCAGUUACGCAGUGGCUCAUUGCGCCGCCCAACACGAAAUUUGUCGAGAUCUGUCCGGAGAAGGCAUUCCAACUGGCAUACGCCCUGAAGAUCCCAAGCGUCCUCAUCGCUGCCUUCAGGAUUCUCGUCAACGAGCUCGCCGUGGACUAUGCUUCCUCAGAUCCCUGGCCUCGCCGUCCAGAGCUGACUUGGACCCAACGGCGCCGGGACGACUACGGCGACUACCCUUCCGACCCGGUUGAGUAUGCAAGUCGCGCAUUCGCCGAGCGCAUGGCUGGACAGCUUAAGAUACUCCAACAGUCUGACGACGUCUUCCGCCGCCUCCCACGCCCCAUCCCGGAGUGGGAUAAGCUGGAAUAUUACGGCAGCAUCAUCCGCUCCUCUGGGCCCAGCGCCCUUCUGGACGCCCACACGAACCUCACCUCGGCUUUGCUCGUCGCCUUCCGUGGCUGGAUCGAGCAGGCCCUCAACAUGGAGAACUUAUCGGGCGAGUCUUCCCGUCUCGUUGCUGUCCAGAGGAAGCACUACAUCUCCGAUGCUGAGUGUACUCCGAUCGAGGACCUCUACCGACGUCUCAACCCGGCCCAGAAGGUGCUCACCCCCUUCUUCUGGGACCACCUCAUGCGCGCCGAGCCUCACUCUAGUUUUGUGAACAGGAUCUGCGCCGGUCACCAGCUGAGGACCUACGCGCGAAACUUCAACGUAAAGCUCAAGCUCACGAACCUCAUGCCCGAGUCUGCAUCCUUCCAGAACUCCGCCGAUCACAACAACUACUACCCGGCCACAGACGAUUCCCACCCCUUCCACCAAAGGACCGACCGAGUAUGGAGUCUCCCCGACGAACCAAAUCUCGGGUUCAACCUGGACAAGUUCUACAACGAGCUGCAUUCCUCGCUCCAGGCGCUCUGCCGUGGCUUCCUGUACCGCGACCGCGACAACGAGAGCGGCAUCCCCUUCUUCCUCUCCGACCACCUCCUCCUCUGCCUCGACGAGUCCGAGCUGAACUACCUGCCCAUCUGGGCCGACGGACUGGACGACGGAUCCGGCGGCGUCUUCCAGGACGCCAUCCCGGAAGCCGAGAUGGGGCCGAGCGAGCCCGGGCCGGGUUACCACACUGGAUACACGGUAGCAGGCGCGCAGACGGACGAUGCUGCUGUCUCCGACUCCUCCGAGGCGGAUUACGGUACCAUCCUGGAGCACGAUGUCUCGACGAAUAAUGCGCCCCGGUCGGACUUUGGUAUGGCGGCGGCGGCGGCGGCGCUUGCGCUGGAGUCAGCACACGACGACGGGGACGACGCCCAGAGUGCUACCGUAGGUAGGAGCAUCGCCGUCCAGCGGAGCAGCAAUAGCCGCAGCGUUGCCACGCCCUCCGGAUCGCUUGCCACGGACGAGGAUGGCAUGUACGCCGACGCGCGGUAUGCGCAGCCCGCGGCGCAUCAGCCGCAGGGGCAGGCGAUCGAGCAGUAUGUGAAUGGGGUAGAGGCGGAUCAUGGGGCUGCUGCUGCUGCUACAACAAGCCAAGAUAGGGACGGUCACGGGGUGGACCUAGACCUGGAGUCAGAUGAGGAGAUGGAUUGGCGCUCGGACGGGAGCUCGACGCUGGAUGGGUUUGAGGAAGUUGAUGCUCAGGAGGCGCAGUAAGGGGUUUUGUCUCUUGAGGGUUGAUCGGUUGCGCCACUGUUGUUCGCAAACCUUUAGCGACUAAGUGCGGAUGGCAAGAAAAGAGAAGAGGCCAGAGGGAGCACCUGGAUGAUGGCGUUCUGGGCGGCGCAACAUGUCAAGGUUUGGUCGGUGCUUUCCCCUAUCUUCUUUCGUCCUCUCCUUUCACAUGCCAAGUCCUUCCAUGUUCCUUUUUGUGUCGUUUCUUGUCUUGUUUCG